AUGAGGUGUGGCUCCAAGACUCCAACGGAAGGCCUUCGUCCAGCGGUGACUCGCCUGGAGCUGAGAGAGGAGAUCCAGGAGCAGCUGGAUGCUUUUCGACAGCUAGUCGUUGAGGACAUCGGCGUGCGAUUACAGGAUGCCCUGUCGAUGCCGUCAGCUCCACCAUGGCAGGCCAAACCAAACAAGCCAAGGAAGUCCGAGAUCUUGGCUCGCCCUCCUGAGCUGACAAGUCCGGAGAGUUGCCUCGGAGAUGAGGACAUGGCAGAGAUCACGAAGAAGGGCUUCAGGAAGAAUAUUGAGUCGACUGCAGCUGCAGCGAUGGAGUCCAUGAUCCAAAGCCGGAGCCGUGGCGAGUAUUCCUUGGUAUCCGGCGAGUCCAUCGAGGAUGCUCUGAUGGCAGACAGCGCAGGUCAUCUGCAGAUGAGGCAUCAGCUUGUGCCGGAUUCCGACAGAAAGUGGCUCGAGGACAGCGAAGUACCAUCCUCCUCAAGCCGGCAGCUUUGCUGCGCCAGGGGGACAUCGGUCUUGCCAGAGACGCUAACAUCAAGGAUGGGAGGUAUUGUGGAGUCAGACGAAUUCGGCUAUGCCAUCACCGCACUUGUCAUGGUGAACGCGAUCCUUAUUGGCUUCGAGACUGACUACACGGCUCGGCAUGGAGGCGAUCACAAGAUGCCUGGCUCGAAGAUAUUGGGACGGGUCUUCUGCUAUAUCUUCACAGCAGAAGUUGCCAUGAGGGUCUUGGUCCUGGGCGUCCGGAACUUUUUCAUGGGCAGUGGCUGGAGGUGGAAUCUCUUCGACUUUCUCGUGGUUGGCUUGCAAUGGGCAGAGGAGGUUGUUGAUUGGAUUUCUGUUGGCACUGGCCGUGGCCACGUACUGAACCUGGGCUUCUUGCGGAUUCUCAGGACUUUGCGUGUGGUUCGCAUCAUGCGCCUUGCGCGCAUCCUACACUUGGUUGUGGAGCUCCGUACCAUGGUCUCCUCCAUCGUGGCAUCGUUGAAACCGCUCUUUUGGGCCACACUGCUUUUCUCCAUGCUCAUCUACGCCGUCGCCGUCGCGAUGACACAGAUGGCAAAUGAGUUCCGGGCAGAGAAUCGCGGCGUGGAUACCGAGUUGAACAGGUAUUUCAGCAGCCUGGGCACAGCGGCCUUGGCGCUGUGGGAGUGUAUUUCCGGUGGGAUGGACUGGCAGGACCUCGCGCAACCGAUGAUUGAGAAUGUCUCCCCCAUCAUGGGCCUGUUUUUUUCUGCAUAUGUUGCCUUUUCUAUGCUGGCAAUGAUGAACGUCAUCACAGGCAUUUUUGUGGACAAUGCCAAGACCUAUGCACAGCAAGAUAAGGACACCUUUGUCGUGCGACACGUGCUCAAUCUCUUCAAGCAGAGCAAUUUGGGCGAGUCCACUGCAAUUGAUUGGAUUGACUUCCAGGCGAAAUUGGAUACGCGCGAGCUACAGGAGCUUUUUGCUGCAGUGGAGGUCGACGU